AUGGCUCGAAUCGCCUUCUUAGCCUUAACUUAUGCAACCCUCAGCUUGUUGGUUUUAACACCUUUCAAUGCCGCAAAUGCGGCGCUAGCACCGUCAUCCGCACCGGAGGAAUAUGCAGCAGGACUCGCCGUGACGGGACUCGCCGCGGGGGCAGCGCCAGCGGCUGCGGCGUUCCCGAUCUGCCCGCGGACGGGCGCACGGCCCGUGAAGCCGACAGUGCCGCCCAUUCGGUGCCUGUCUGCCGCCCAGUACACGUGCUGUAGCUCGUGCGAGGACUUCGUCAUUUCGCUACAGCAGAACGCGGUCAACGCGACGGCGCUUCUCCUGGCCGUAGCGCCCAGCUUGGUGCUGCAGCUGGCGGACUCCACCCUGGGCUCCGACUACCAGUCGUGCGACGUCACGGGGCCUUAUACCGAGGGGCAGUUCAUACUGGAGCAGUUUAUAUGCGGGAUCACGUGUAACCCGGACAGCGGAUCGUACUUUGCGCUGCUCCCCAAGCCCACUGUAUCGGUAUGCAAGAACGUGUCGCAGCAGUUUUACGGCGCCGUGAAGGACGUCACCUUCCCCGGGUUCCCCGGCACGCUCGGCUCGUUUGUGAACAGCCCGGACACGUUCACGCGGCAGCUCUUUCAGGGGUUCGCCAACACAGUGGGCAUCAAGGACUUGCAAGUCAACUUCGUGGAUCCCCUUCUCAAGGCCUGUUGGAACAUGACAGGAAGGCCCCUUCCUGCUGCUGCCGGCUGCUGCGACCCAUUCAUCCUCCCCGCCACCUGUCCCCGCAAUCUCCUCGACACCACUGCCCACCCCGAAUACCUCAAAGUGCUCAACCGCACUGUUCCGGACUUUUGCAGCAACCAGACAAACGCCGCCGCCCCUCCGUCCGCCUCCUCCCCGCCUGCACCUCCACCGCCGCCGCCCGGCAAAGCAGCAGGCUCGGCAGGGUUUUUUGGUCCGGGUUCGAUGCUUACUGUGCUGGUUGCUGGUGUGCUUGCGUUGUUGGUGUGA